ACCAAAAUAUACGCCUUUAUUAUCCUUUCAAAAAUGUAUAUCAAGAUAUGAGAAAAUAUACAUUUACAUAAGGCACAUUGUAAACCUUUAUUUUCUAUGCAUGUAAUCCUUGAUCUCGCAGUCCAUGUGUAAAUCGAAUAAAGAGACAAUAUCCGCCACUUUAUUACUUGUUAGUGACUUUUAUAUGACUUUCAUUGGUAUUAGAUCUGUUUUAUUCCCUCAAUACAAAAAUAUAACCCCCUUAUCGAAGGAAAGAAAAGUGUCCUAUUCUCUCUUCAGUGUACAGGUUAGUACAGUGACUGUACAAUUCCUUAUUUUUUUUUUAUGAUUACUUAACAUGUAAAAACGUUAUUUUUAAGUUUGAUAAAGAAAAUCAUUUUUGAAUCAUUCCGGAUCUGCACGGACAUUUACUGCUUUUGUUGUUUGUUCCAGUCAGUUGUUCCGGGCGAUGGUGGCCAUUCUCUCAAUUUUCACACUCCCGUUUCUGUUUCCUUUCAUCGUUGUCGGACAAAACUGUAAUGAAGCAAUCGAGGGAUGGGUUAACGGGUGUUCCAUUCCAUUUGGAAUUGACUUCUUUUACAAGGAGAGAUUCAAGUUAGCCUGUAACAAGCAUGAUCACUGCUAUAAUUGUGCUAGACAUGCAGAUUUCCUGAAAACAAGAGCGUUUUGCGAUGACCAAUUCAAAGCAAACAUGAAGAAGACCUGCAAUCAAAUUAAAAACCCGCUGAUUCGGGGACCGUGCACCAUGUUCGCCAAACUAUACUUUAAAGCAGUUCACAAACUUGGCGUAUUUUUCUUUGAACAGAAGCCACCACCUUAUUGUUCUUCCACGUGGGUAAAAAAGUGUGUUCUGAAAUAAAAGUAAUCUGUUUUAUGAAACCAAUAAAAUAAUUUUUUAAAACCUGAUUACACAAAUGAUAUUAUUUAUGCUUUGCUUAUAAAAAAGUGUUAAAUUGGUUAAAUGAAAGCAAAUGUUACUAUUAAUGGUAUAGAUUAAAAAACAAAUAGAAGCCAAACAUGUUUUAUUAAUUUAAUCCAAUUAGUUUACACAAGAAUGAAACCAGCAAUAGAAGGUUAAAAUUUUUUCUGUUUUAUCAUUCAUGUUAUAACGUUAUAAUUGCAUGUAAACUUAGGCAUUUUCACAACGCGCAUAAAAUUCAACACAGGUUAAGUGUUAGUUUUCUUUUCAUGUACUAACAUAUAUACAUAUAUUUCAGUAAUUCACUCGUCCUUACUCUUCCCCAAAAUCAAAGGCAUGCUGUCAAAUGCAUCUGAGAGAGAGAGAGAGAGAGAGAGAGAGAGAGAGAGAGAGAGAGAGAGAGAGAGAGA